AUGAAGUCGCUAUCUUACGGGAUCUGCGCUGGAGGCUGGCAAUGCAAUAUUCACAUAAUAACGAACAAACGAGCGCGGAGCCGCCCUUGGAGCCCGCAGCCGCUGAUACGGAGCGAAAUUACACCUCGCCCGAAACCCGACGCGGACUGCUAUAGCAACAAACAAUUUUCGAGGCGCAGAAGAUUGCCGCGAUUCGCAAUUCUUCGUGGGCGCGUGUCCAAGUGUUUGACGAACUGCUUUAUUGUGGACGAUUGCAACAUGAAUUCAAUUUACGAGAGCGGGAGACGUAUCAUCCUUCGCCACCGCGGA